AUGCCUGCGGAGCUCCCCAACCCGGAGUUCCGCAUGCAGGCGGACGAGCUCGGGGCGCAGUGGUUCGACAAAAGCUCGCUGGAGACGGAGUUCACGACGGGCCUGCACGACGUCGUCAAGGGCGGGCCGUACGCGCCUGACACUGGGCGGGGGAAGGUCGAGCAGCUGAGCACGAAGCUGCGGCGGGACGCGGCGCCGACGUUCUCGGAGGACGACCUGCGGACGAUGUUCGGGAUGUUCGAUGUCACGCGCCGCGGCGAGGUCUCCAUGGCGCAGACGCUCGCGGCGCUGCGCACCAUCCUGGGCCCCGGCGCGCGGCUCCUCGACGAGGGCGACAACAGCGAGGAGUACGCGGAGGUCCAGAUCAACCGCGAACAGUUCGUGCAGAAGCUGUUUGCGGCCAUCGAGGCGCACGGACACUGA